UGUUAUUGGUUAACCAUAGUUUAUGUUUCCCCACUCUUCCAAGUUCCAAAGGGACCAACCAACCAGCACAACAACAACAAAUAAGUAAUGAAUAUCAUAAAACCAUCACCAAAUCAACGCAACCAUUGAAUGCCGUUCAAGUUUUGAGUUACUCUUAGUAUUAAAUGCAGCAACUAAGACCCUCACCCACCCUUCAAAAAUCCCAAAAUUAUUCUCAACAAUAGCCUCUCCCAAAUGGAAUAUUCCCCUUUUCAUCCUUCAAAUCAUCAUCAUUUCCAUGUCUUCCUCAAACCCUUACCCUCCUCCUCCUCCUCCUCCUCCACCACCACCACCACCACCACCGUCACUUCCUUAUCUCUCCAACCUCGGCUUCGGUUACUCCAUCGCCAUAGCUCUCGGCUUCCUCUUCCUUCUCUCAACUCUCAUACUCUCUUCCUACCUCUGCUGCCGCACUUUCCGUAACCGUCAUAACCGUCGUAACAACAACAACAAUAACAACAGCAACAACCAACGAAACUCAGACGGUAUCGUUCUACCGCGGGUGAUUUUUGUUGCGGAGGAUGACGAUGAUCGAGACGACGUCGUUUCGGGUUUGGACCAGAGCGUUAUCAAUUCUUACCCGAGGCUGCAGUAUGGGAAGGAGAUGAUGGGACGUGAUAGUACUUGCUCGAUCUGUUUGUGUGAGUAUAAGGAUUCCGAGAUGUUGAGGAUGAUGCCGGAAUGUCGACACUAUUUUCAUAUUUGUUGCCUUGAUUCGUGGUUGAAGCUUAAUGGCUCUUGUCCGGUGUGUCGGAAUUCGCCUAUGCCGACGCCGCUGUCGACGCCGUUGCAGGAGGUUGUUCCGCUUUCUCAUUACAUUGGUGAAAGGAGAACAAGGAGGUGAUUUUUUUAAUUUUUAAUUUUUUUUAUUUGGUUGAUUGGAGAGGGUGGGAUGUGAUGUAGAAAUUGUAUGUAAUGAGUUUGAAAAUGUUGGUUUGGAAUUUGGAUUGAAGUUGCUGAAAAUUGUGAGAAUGAUGAGAUUUAUGGUUUUGUUUUGGUUAUAAAAGAUUUAUGUUAUUGAUAGGUGUUUAA